AUGCUGCAAGAAGCUCUCAAUCUCUACCUCCUAGAGAUGGCGCAGAUUGAAAGGAUCAAGAGGUACGAGGUUCCUGAUUGGCGAAGCGAAGCCGUGCAAGACGAAUGCCCUUCUGAAUGUCGCGAGGGAAUUUGCGGCCACUAUCCUCGUGUCUUCCCAGCAAAAACAGGGUCAAAGAAAGCAAAAGAGGGCCCAGACGAGCAGCCCACGAUGCAAUCCGCGCUCGAUUCCAUCAAUACUGGUAUCUUCCGACUCCAUAUGGCACAGCUGGAUCGGCCUCUUCGCCGCAAGGGCCUCUGCAAGCUUGGAAUCAAUGACGACAACGCCAUCUUCGUCGACUACGGAGCCAAUUGCUUUGACAAGCUCUACGGCGACAGCGACAUCAGCCACUACUGUCGCCGAUGCGACGACUAUCACUGGACUGAGCCCGACGACUGGGACUAUGGCAUCCAGGGCGGGUACGGUCUGAGCCAGAACUACGGUGAAUGCCCUUCAAAAUGCAAGCGUCACUCCAGACACGUGCGCAAUGUGCUGGCGAGCUGUAUGCCCAGACUUGAAAAGCUGCGCAUAUCCGCCAUCGACGUCGGUGAUGCCCUUAUGAAGAGCGUUGCAGGGCAGCAGAGCGAUUUUCCGCUCCUGCAAGAGUUUCAGUGGGACACAGCACGCGAACGAUCGCUCGACAGGUCAUAUUCAUGGAACUUCCUGAACACCAUCGAUAUACUACAGGGACGUAUCGCCAGCAGACCUCACAGAAUUGGCGAGAACACCCUCUCCACUCCCUACAAGCCUGAAGGCCUGGCAUUUAUUCAACCUCGCUACAUCGAACUUCGUCUUGGCCGGGAGCUUCGAGAAAAGGUGCUUGAGCAAGCGAGCACGUCGGAGAUGCGCUCUGCAUGGACGAAGGGGCUGGCCGUAGGCGAUGCGCCUCACCGGGUAUGCAUUGCUGAGAGUCGGGCUGCAUACACGUCUACGUGGUCUUACUUCACCCAAGAAGACAUCAAAGCCCAUCAUCGCGAGGACGAAGCGUGGUGGAAGGCUCGUGCGCUUGAAUACAGCAGAAUCACAAAGCAGGACCAUGGCCAGCCUGGGGAUGAAGUCGUGAUCUGA